AUGACACGCAAGAACGCGAACAUCACUAAGCGUCGCUCCAAACCGAACCUGAAAGUUGCAACCGGGUCAAACGGACAUGCGAAUGGCAAGAUGAACAACAACAUUGAAAUGCGCAGGAGGGACACUCCCUCCGCCGAAUCUUCAGCCGAUAGAACCGCCCAACUCAUGUCGAGGCCAAGUUUCUCCCUCGAUAACGAGCCUCCCUUCACCCCGCAGACCCCAAUUCAAACAAAUACAACCUUUAACGACCUGCCAGCCAGCGAUCGCCGCAAUUUCCUCCUUCUGGUCCUACUAUACUUCCUCCAGGGGAUUCCCAUGGGCCUGGCCACCGGCUCUGUGCCCUUCUUGCUCAAGCCGUACCUCUCAUACGGCCAAAUUGGAAUCUUCUCUCUCGCCUCAUACCCAUACUCGCUCAAGCUGUUUUGGAGCCCCAUUGUCGAUGCUGUAUGGAGUACGCGAUUCGGGCGCCGGAAGAGUUGGAUCACCCCAGUACAAGUGAUUGCUGGGUUGGCUAUGAUCUAUCUGGGUGGCCACAUUGAAGACAUGAUGGUCCAGGCUGGUGCCAAUGGUGGCGCCGGUGUAUGGAAAUUUACCUAUUGGUGGUUCAUGCUGGUGCUGUUCUGUGCCACUCAGGAUAUUGCAGUGGACGGAUGGGCUAUCACAUUGAUGUCCCCACCCAACAUCUCCUAUGCCUCGACUGCCCAAACAGUUGGAUUGACUGCCGGCCAUUUCUUGUCUUAUACCGUAUUCCUGGCCUUCAACUCAAAGGAUUUCGCGAACAGAUGGUUCCGUGCUAGUUCUGGCGAGGGCGGUCUGCUGUCCCUCGGCACCUACCUCAGCUUCUGGGGCUGGGCGUAUCUGAUCGUGACUUGCGGGUUGGCCUUGCUGAAGAAGGAGGACCGCACCAAGGAUCGCGACAGCAUCAUGGAUGUGUAUAAGAGUAUGUGGAGCGUUCUGAAGUUGAAGAACAUCCAGACCAUCAUUAUCAUCCACCUGAUUGCCAAGAUCGGCUUCCAGGCCAAUGAUGGAGUCACCAGCCUCAAGCUCCUGGACAAGGGCUUUGGUCAAGACAACAUGGCUCUGGUUGUGUUGAUCGACUUCCCCUUUGAGAUUAUGUUGGGCUACUAUGCCGGUCAAUGGUCCACCAACUACGGCGCCAUGCGUCUCUGGGGCUGGGCCUUCAUCGGCCGACUGGCAGCCGCUGUGCUCGCUCAGUUGACUGUCGUCAUCUACCCCAGUGCCGCAGAAGUGCCAACAUGGUAUAUGCUCACUGUCAUUGGCGAGCACGUUCUAUCGACCUUCAUGAACACUGUUAUGUUCGUUGCCAUCUCGGCCUUCCACGCCCGAAUUGCCGAUCCAGCCAUCGGCGGAACCUACAUGACUCUCCUUGCAACUGUCAGCAACCUGGGCGGAACAUUCCCCCGCAUCUUCGUCCUCAAACUCGUCGACUUCUUCACAGUCGCAACCUGUCUUCCCCCAACAGUCGCUCCCCCUGCCGGCUCUCUCAAGGAUGCCCUCAUCACUACUGCAUUCUCCUGCGCCCUCGAGCCAGAGAAGAACCGCUGUAUCAACGGCGGCGGUACGUGCCAGAUCGAACGUGACGGAUACUAUAUGACCAACAUGCUCUGCGUGCUGAUUGGUACGGUCACCUUUGUAAUGUUUAUCAAUCCGGCCGCAAAGAAACUGCAGGCUUUGCCGCUGCGCGCGUGGCGGUUGACUCCUGGUCCCGAGCAGAAGUGA